GUUCUGCCCUUAUAAGUGCAUUCGUCGCGUUGCGAUGAUCAUACGCUCUAAAAGGACUUACCUUCCAUAAGCGCCAGACCUUCAACGAGUCAGAAGUAGAAAAAUGUUCUCAAAACUGAGCCCGAGUUUUGCCCGCAAAGGACACCAACAACUCACAUGCAGUGAUGCGGACGAGAAAGAUCGAGUCAUUGCUGGAGUACAAUACAGCGUACGGUACAUUGGAUCCGCAGAAGUUGCGGGAGCAAGCGGGACUGGUAGUGGAAAGACAGAAAAACCCGUAGCCACAGUCUUUGAAGAGCAGAGGAAAAAUGGCAACGGUAAGACGCAGAAGAAAAUGAUCCUAAACUUGUGUUCGAAAAGGUUGAGCGUCAGCGAGGAAGCGAGCGGAAAACUGAUCGCAAAUUUCCCGAUCUCUAAGGUAACCUUCUGUAACAUCGACAACUUUCACGAGAAAGCUUUUGUGUUCAUUGCACGAGACAGGGCAGAAAGUCCAUUUAAGGCAUUUGUCUUCACGUGCGAAAGCAAAGCCAAGGCACGAGAACUUUUCAAGGCCCUUUCUCUGGCUUUCACGAUCAAUUACGAAAGUUAUCAAGCGUCACUGGCACGAGGUUUACCAAGCAACACAAUGCUUGUACGCAACGAUGAGGGCAAAAGCACGUUCUUGGAUGGAAUAGGCGGUGAGUGUUUGGACGGAGCGCAACCCGCGAAAGCGAAAGCGGAACAUUUGAAUGGUGCAUUAAUUUCGCGGAAAGAAUCUCCCCUGCUCAAUGUAAAUGGAUUUCGAUCGGUCCAAGAGACAAUUCCGAAGACAAUGGCACCCAAACAGAAUAAGAACCUUCUACGUGUUGCAGAUUGCCGCUUGCGGAGCACGUCGGAUCCCCCGCACGGUUUUAAAGCGAAUGCGUCAAUCGUAUCUGACUCAGAAACUCGUCCGUCUUCGCUGUAUCCCUCGAAGAUGAAAAAGGGCGAUGAAAUGGAAGAAGAGUUUACAGAAUUUGCUGAACUGAGGUCGAAGUGUCGCUCAAACUCUGCGCUCGUAGCCCCGUCAAGCAGACAUCCCGGAAAUAUGUUUCAUGGCUUCCAAAGUUGUGACAGUGCUCCGAAUGUGUGGGGCAGUUUCCAAAACUACUCUCGCCCGACGAUUUAUUGAAUACUCUUACCUUGGCCGAAUGGUUUAGUUAGAUUUCUUUUAAAGUAACAAGUUAUUUAUUGUUAAAUCGUAGAGGGUGGACGCUUGCGAAUUUCUCACGCAGUCGGAGAAAAUAUUGUGAUUAGUAAAGGAAAUCCGGGGUCAAAUAUGCCCGCAAUGUGCUCCAGAAGUUACCAAACUGUUUAAUGAGUUUCAGUCGUUUAUGUUGCGACAAGUAUUUUUGUAUCGUAAGGAAUGUUUGAAAGAAUUUCAGCUAGACUGUGAAUGUACCGAACCGCUCGAAAAAGGAAGGAGCCAAUUGUGACAACGUUUUUUGAAUGAUCCGUAACAAAAUAAAAACAUUUUGGAAUUUUGA